AUGAGCAAGGAGCCAGCAGCAAUGGAGCCUGGAGCCUCAGGGGAUGGGAUCAAAACUGAGACAGCACCACACUCAACACUGGACUCAGGAGUCAGCCUGCACACCUAUGACAUUGUGGUAGUGAUCAUCUACUUUGUCUUCGUUAUUGCUGUGGGAAUUUGGUCAUCCAUUCGUGCAAGCCGGGGGACCAUUGGUGGCUAUUUCCUGGCAGGAAAGUCCAUGAGCUGGUGGCCAAUUGGAGCAUCUCUGAUGUCCAGCAAUGUAGGCAGCGGUUUGUUCAUUGGCCUGGCUGGGACAGGGGCUGCUGGAGGCCUUGCAGUGGGUGGCUUCGAGUGGAAUAAGAGGAAGCCAAGGUCUGGAGAAGGCAAAGGGACUUAUCUGAGGUCAGCCAGAAAGAUUGGUAUCAGGCCCCAGGCAACCUUCCUGCUCCUGGCUCUGGGCUGGAUCUUUGUCCCAGUCUACAUCGCAGCUGGUGUGGUCACGAUGCCGCAGUACCUGAAGAAGCGAUUUGGGGGUCAGAGGAUCCAGGUGUACAUAUCUAUCCUAUCUCUCAUCCUCUACAUCUUCACCAAGAUAUCGACUGACAUCUUCUCUGGAGCCCUCUUCAUCCAAAUGGCCUUGGGCUGGAACCUCUAUCUCUCCACAGUGAUCCUGCUAGUGGUGACUGCUGUCUAUACCAUUGCAGGGGGACUCACAGCUGUGAUCUACACUGAUGCUCUGCAGACAGUGAUCAUGGUGGGUGGAGCCCUGGUCCUUAUGUUUCUAGGCUUUCAGGAAGUGGGCUGGUAUCCAGGCCUGCAGGAGCGGUACAGGCAAGCCAUCCCGAACGUCACAGUCCCCAACACCACCUGUCACAUCCCACGGCCUGAUGCCUUCCACAUGCUUCGGGACCCUGUGGAUGGAGAUAUCCCUUGGCCUGGUCUCAUGUUUGGACUCACAGUGAUAGCCACCUGGUGUUGGUGCACAGACCAGGUCAUUGUGCAGAGGUCUCUCUCUGCCAAGAAUUUGUCCCAUGCCAAAGGAGGCUCCGUGCUGGGAGGCUACCUGAAGAUCCUCCCUAUGUUUUUCAUCAUUAUGCCUGGCAUGAUCAGUCGGGCCCUGUACCCAGAUGAGGUGGGCUGUGUGGACCCCAAUGUCUGCCAGAGUGUCUGUGGGGCCCGAGUGGGAUGUUCUAACAUUGCCUACCCCAAGCUAGUCAUGGCUCUCAUGCCUGUAGGUCUUCGGGGUCUGAUGAUUGCUGUGAUCAUGGCGGCUCUCAUGAGCUCACUUACCUCCAUUUUCAACAGCAGUAGCACCCUGUUUGCCAUUGAUGUGUGGCAACGCUUCCGCAGGACAGCAACAGAGCAAGAGCUGAUGGUGGUGGGCAGGGUGUUUGUGGUGUUCCUGGUUGUCAUCAGCAUCCUCUGGAUCCCCAUUAUCCAGAGCUCCAACAGUGGGCAGCUUUUUGACUACAUCCAGUCUGUCACCAGCUACCUGGCUCCACCCAUCACUGCCCUCUUCCUGCUGGCCAUCUUCUACAAGAGGGUCACAGAGCCUGGGGCUUUCUGGGGCCUCAUGUUUGGCCUGGGAGUGGGGCUGCUGCGCAUGAUCCUGGAGUUUGCAUACCAGGCCCCAGCCUGUGGGGAGGUGGACAGGAGGCCAGCGGUUCUGAAGAACUUUCACUACCUGUACUUUGCCCUUGUCCUCUGUGGGCUCACUGCCAUCGUCAUUGUCAUCAUCAGCCUCUGUACAACACCCAUCCCUGAGGAAAAGCUUGCUCAUCUGACCUGGUGGACACGGAAUUGCCCUUCUUAUGAGCUGGAAAAGGAUGUCUGUGCAAGCGAGACUGGGAGCACCCCAGGGCUAGCAAAGAGGUCAUCUGGGACAUGCCCUGAAGGAGGAAGUAGAGAGGAAGAGAACCCCAGCCAGGGCCAGGAGCAGCUUGAAGUCCCACGCAGGUCCUGGGUGCAGCUGCUCUGGGGAUGGUUAUGUGGGCUCUCCGAGUCCCCACAGCAGGCCCUGAGCCCUGCAGAGAAGGCUGCACUAGAAAAGAAGCUGACCAGCAUCAAGGAGGAACCUAUCUGGAGAAGUGUCUGCAACAUCAAUGCCAUCCUCUUGCUCGCCAUCAACAUCUUCCUCUGGGGUUAUUUUGCUUGA